GCAACUUCCUAUACAAUGAAGGACAUGAGAAGUGAAGUGCGUGGUGCUGUUUCCAUUUGAGUCAGAGAAAUUGGCUGCAGUAAAGCCGCUCAGCUUUGCUACCAUUUCCAAUGCUGCCUUUGCGUCUCCUACAAGCUAACAGACAGGUUCCUCGGGCGGUAGUUGCUUUUCAGUAUUCUAUGUCACAGUGUAACAUGGAGAAGCCGGUGGAAUUGUCCAUCAGGACAAAACUGACUGACAACCUGGAGCCCACACACCUAGAAGUGCUCAACGAGAGCUCCAUGCAUGCUGUGCCCAAGGGGUCCGAAACCCACUUUAAAGUUAUUGUUGUUUCUGAUGUGUUCAAAGGGAAAAGUCUGAUCCAGAGACACAGACUUGUGAAUGAACUUCUAAAGGAGGAGCUGGCCGGCCCUGUACAUGCAUUGUCCAUCCAAGCAAAAACCCCUCAACAGUGGGAAGAGAAUCCGAGCAUUAGCACAAGCCCAGCUUGUAUGGGGGGCUCCAAACAUGACCCUGAAAUGAGCAAGAAGCUUAGUAGUCAGGUGUAACUUGCUGUUUAAACCGCUAAGCCAACAACAUGAGCAAGUUUAAAAAGUAGCUGUGAUUAAGUGGAUGUGGCUGUUACUGGAUAAUAAAUUAAGUAUUAUUA